AUGUUUACUGGAUAUGAUCAAACUAAUCUUGUUCUACUCGAUCGUCCUCAACCACCAACACAUAAAGCGUGGUGUUCAAAUGAACACAAUUCAGUACUCACUAUCAAUCUCGCCAAAAAUAUCAAACCAAUUUCUGUAUCAUAUCAACAUUCGAAAUGGACUCAUCAUAUUCCAAUGAGCACUCCAAGGACUUAUGAUGUUGUCGCGUGUUUUGAUUCCAAAUGUCAAAACUGGGUACUAUUAGUAUCCAACUGUGAAUACAGUAGUCAAUCAAUUGGAACUGAACAGUUCUGUAAUGUUUCUUCUCAUCUCAAUGUGCCUUUAAUCGGAACAGUCCAAUUUCGAUUCAAGGAAAAUUAUGGAGACUCUCAAAUGACUUGUGUUAGUUUGGUUCGGGUUUAUGGAGAGCCGAAGCCUGAGAUAAAUGAAGAAGAGGAGAAGAGUUUGGAGAGUGAAGAGAUUUGUACUGAUUUGAAGUACUAUUAUCAUAAUAGCUACUACUUUAAAUAUACUUUGGCUAACAAGAGCUGUUCUACACUCUAUAAAAACGAUUGCUGUUCCCGAUUGUCCCGAGUGUUGUGA